CGACAGUUAUCAUCCUAACAGUUGCAGUAAACGCAUGAACGCACAGUCACUCCAUGCCUGUGGCUCGCCGAUCCACGGGCGUUGGCGCCAUAAAACGUGCCACCAACCGUUUGGGCUGCGGCAUGUUGGGCAGAAGCACCCAUGCCUCAGUACACAGGCCUUCCCGCGAGCAGCUGCUGCUACGGUGAAUCCAACAGCAGCCUCAAGGACGCCCCUAGCAGCGGCUGCCACCUCUACCUCCACCGCAUCCACCACCACUUCACGACCCUGCACAACCUCAGACUCUUGCGCAGCAGAGCCGUACGAGCCCGUACGCGUGUUGGACGAGCGUACGGCACCUGAUGCCCUCCGCGACAUCAGCACCCUUAUCCUGGACUGCGACGGGGUGCUGUGGCGGGGCAACGACAUCAUCCGCAAUGCCCCUGAGGCCCUGCGUGUGUUCCGGGCCCAGGGCAAGCGGCUGCUGUUCGUGACAAACAACAGCAGCAAGUCGCGGGCGGCGUAUGCGGAGAAGUUCCGGAGCCUGGGGCUGCAGGUGGCGCCGGAGGAGAUCGUUUCCUCCUCCUACUGCGCCGCCGCCUACCUCUCCAGCCUGGGCUUCGGAACGCAGGGCACCGCAGCACCUGCCCAGGAGGGCGGGAACAACAGCAGCAGCAGCAGCAACAGCAACAGCAACAGUGGUGACAGCAGCACCAGCAGCAACCGGGGGAAGAAGGUGUUGCUGCUUGGUUGGACCGGGGUGGAGGAGGAGCUUCGAGAGGCGGGUAUUCCCUUCAUCGGCGGUCGGAACUUCGAGCUUCCGCCGCUGCACGACAUUGAGGCCAUGAAGCAGCUGCAGGUCGACCCCUCCAUCGGUGCGGUGGUGGUGGGUUGGGACCCGCUCUUCUCCUACUCCCGCCUCGUGUACGCCUCCGUCUGCCUGCGCGAGCUGCCCGGCUGCCUCCUGGUGGCCACCAACACCGACUGCGCGGACCACAUCGGGGGCGGCCGCAUGGCGCCGGGCACUGGGGGACUGGUGGCGGCGGUGGAGGUGGCGGCGGGGGUGCGCGCGGUCAAUGUGGCCAAGGGCGGCGAGUGGCUGCUGCCGUACCUCUGCCGUACCUACAACCUGGAGCCUAGCCGUACCGCCAUCAUCGGUGACCGCAUGGACACCGACAUCGUGCUGGGUCGCCAGGGCGGGCUACGCACCUGCCUGCCGCUCACGGGGGUCACCACACGCCACCAGCUGGCCGCCCUGCCGCCGGGGGAGCGGCCCGACGUGGUGGUGCCCGGCGUGGCGGCGCUGGCGGGGCUGGCGUGCUGACAGGGGGGAGAAGUUCUACAUUGCAAAGUGUAGCAACUGGAGUCCCAAAUCCCAUAUCCCGGUCAUAGUAGGGGGAGGCGGGCGGCUGGCGUGACUAAAGGUGGACAAAACCAGGGGGAACCAGGAGUUAGGGCAAAGCACUGGGGAUGGGAGGCGGCAGGGUGAGGGGGCAAAGAAAAGAGAGUAUCCAAUGUGUG